GCAGGGUAGUGUGCGCCGCGGGAGCUGGGGGCUGGAGAAGGGAGCCGAGCUGGUUGAGCCUUCAAAGUCCUAAAACGCGCUGCUGUGGGUUCGGGGGUUUAUUGAUUGAAUAGAGCCCGAGCGGGAGGACUUCUGCAAAGAGGGAGCGAGACAUGGAAAUGAAGAGACGGAUUCAUUUAGAGCUGCGGAACAGGACGCCCUCUGAUGUUAAAGAGCUCGUCUUGGACAACUGCCGAUCAGAUGAAGGUAAGAUCGAGGGCCUCUCAGAUGAAUUCGAAGAACUGGAGUUCUUAAGCACAAUCAACGUCGGCCUCACCUCAGUCGCAAACUUACCAAAGUUAAACAAACUUAAGAAGCUUGAACUAAGUGAUAACAGACUCUCAGGCGGAUUGGAAGUAUUGGCAGAAAAGUGUCCGAACCUCACACAUCUAAAUCUAAGCGGCAACAAAAUAAAAGAUCUCAGUACAAUAGAACCGCUGAAAAAGUUAGAAAACCUCAAGAGCUUAGACCUUUUCAAUUGCGAGGUCACCAACUUGAAUGACUACCGAGAAAAUGUCUUCAAACUCCUCCCCCAACUCACGUACCUGGACGGCUACGACCGGGAUGACAAAGAAGCCCCUGAUUCGGACGCGGAGGGCUACGUGGAGGGACUCGAUGAUGACGACGAGGAGGACGAAGACGAGGAGGAAUAUGAUGAAGACGCUCAGGUGGUGGAUGAUGAGGAGGACGAUGAUGAGGAGGAGGAAGGGGAAGAGGAAGAUGUGAGUGGAGAGGAGGAGGAGGACGAGGAAGGCUACAACGAUGGUGAGGUAGACGACGAUGAGGACGAGGAAGAGCUCGGAGAAGAAGAAAGGGGACAGAAGAGAAAACGAGAGCCUGAAGAUGAGGGGGAUGAAGAUGAUUAAACGGAAUAACCUAUUUUGAAAAAUUCCUAUUGUGAUUUGACUGUUUUUACCCGUAUUUUUCCGCCACCCCCCUCCCCCCCAAACUUAUUUUUUUCUGAUUGUAAUGUUGCUGUGGGAAUGAGGGGGGGAAAAGUGUAUUGCAGGGGGGGAGGAAUAAAGUACUAUUUUUACUGCCACUCUUUUUUUUUUUUUUAACUUUUCCUUUGUGUCCAGUUUAAUUCCCGAAAACGCAAUAGUAAGUAUAAACCAAGUGGUCAUUUGUUUCUUAUUCCUGGAGUGGGUAGUUUUGAUAUCCUUAAAACUUUCCAAGAUGAGCAAAGAAGAGGCCUAAUGCGCAUCUCGGCUGUCAGGCCACUUCGGCGUUUGGGUUGCCGGAUUCGAGUCGACCGGUCAGUCCAGUUCCCGAUCGUGACUCGGCCACUGUUCUGGACUUUGCAGGCAGAGGAUGGAAAUUCCAAGGACCCAGCCCCUGGGCUGAGGGUGGCGCCUCCAAAAAAUUAUUUUUUCCCCCCCGCCCCUUCCAUCUUCUCGUCCCUAAGUGACUGCUGUUUUCAGCCUGCGCUGGUCCUGGAGAAUUUAAAAUUUUAUUUUAUUUUUUUUUUAUUUUUUUUUUGUAAAUAGUGACCAAAAGCGUAUUGUUCCCCCAUCCCUCCGCCCCACCCCCAUUAUUUAGGACUUUGUUUUGUGAGUUGACCUGUGCUGUGUCUCAGCCAGACUUCUGAGAAUGGCAGACAUUUAAAAGACACGCAAGUGUGGUUCUUCUUAGGUUUGGAGUGAAACGAAUUUGAAGAUUCUAAUUUCUGACCCUUUAAAAAAAAGCAAAUGAAAAAGAAAAGGUGUGUGCAAUUUGGAUCUGUUUUAUGUUCUUAACCCCCAGGCUGAUUUAAAAAUGAUGAGAAAUGACUUCCACUUGUGCUCUGUACUUUGGAAAUUUUUACGAACCUAAAUGCAGGACAGUACUGCAUGUGGUGUAGGGGUUUCUUUUCAUACACUCAAGCACGAAAUACUAAUACAAAAUUGUAUUUUCUUACCCAGUGGAAGUCAGUGAAAUGACUGCAAAUACCUAGUGAAUGUACAGUUUUAAUUUCAUAUCCCUCUUUAAGAUCGCUUUAGAAGUGACUUGUAUUUCCUAGUCAAUAUUUCAUCUGUAUAAAAGCAUUUGCAACAGUUUCCACCACCCCCCUGCCCACAAAGAGCCAAACUUUGAGUUUUAUGUCUGUUUGUCAUUGAUAAAUUUCAAUAAAUCUUUUUAUACAAUU